CGCGCUCCGCCGGGGUGUGCGAGCGCGGCCCGGCGCGCGGGGACGCGGGAGGGCGGGAUUCUCCGCCAGCCGCCUGAGCUCCGCGCGGAGCCGGGAGCCCAGAGCCGCCGGCCGCCUGCCCCACGUGAGCUGGGCGCCAGCCCGGGCAGCUGCAGUCCGGCUCCCGGAGAUCGCGCCCAGCCAUGGAGCCUUCGCACAAGGACCCCGAGACGGCGGCGGCGGCGGCGGUGGCAGCGGCGGACCCCCGGGGGGCGUCCUCGUCCAGCGGGGUAGUGGUGCAGGUCCGCGAGAAGAAGGGCCCUUUGCGUGCCGCCAUCCCCUACAUGCCCUUCCCGGUGGCAGUCAUCUGCCUCUUCCUCAACACUUUCGUGCCGGGAUUGGGGACAUUCGUUUCGGCCUUCACUGUGCUGUGUGGGGCCCGAACUGACCUCCCGGACAGACAUGUGUGCUGCGUCUUCUGGCUGAACAUCGCUGCGGCCCUCAUCCAGGUCCUCACGGCCAUCGUCAUGGUUGGCUGGAUUAUGAGCAUCUUCUGGGGCAUGGACAUGGUCAUCCUUGCCAGCUACAAGGAACAAGGCAUCCCACAGCAGCUGUGAGCCUGAGGAGCCACUGGGGAUGUCCAGCAGGGCCCUGUGAGGGCUGAGCCAGGCAGCUUCAGGCACAAGGACUUUUACAUGUUCUCUUCUGCCAUUUUCCAGAUUUGGGGUGGAAAGGGGGUAUUUUAAAAAAUAUUAUUUAUUUUGAAAAUGCACCUGCUUUUCUCAGCACGUUCUGAGGGCCAGCCCCUCAUCCUUCUCUGGAAAGCAUCAUAGGCAUCAGAGCGUCAGGGAGGAGAUGGGAAAGUGGACAGAGAGGCUGGGAUGCUCUGGUGGGCUCAGCCCCACCUUGCAGCGCCCCCUCCCCCCUGCCAGGGCACGAGGGACCUGCUGGGCUGGGCCGCAGUGGGCCCUGUUCUGGUGAGUGGGGGCUCACCAUGGGGAUAGUACUGUGGUAGACACUUCCUCUGGGUACCCACCUGCUGCCUCAAACUCUAGUGCCCCAAGUGUUUUCUCUGUGGUUUCCUGGGAGCAAUGCCAGAGUUGGGGUGAGGAGGGCCAGAUUCCAGCCCAGCAUGGGAAGAGCCACAGUCCCCACAGCUGGCCCUAUGCCUUGAGGACAGGAAGAGUUCCAUAAGCCUCCCCUCCCUGACUACCUCCUUGUCCCUGAAAUCCAAGGGCUGUGUGUGCUUUGACCUUUGUUUUCCUGGGAAGUAGGGAAGUGGCUUCACCCCUGGGAUAAAACUGCUAGAAUUGCCAGAUGUUCAUACACAAAAUUACCAGUUCGAGGUGUGCGUAGGCACAGACUGGCAGCCUUUCACAUUAUACUUAAUACCACUUCUGGCCCACACUCCAUUUUUCUGAAAUUCUUGGGGCCAGAUGGGUCUCUGAAUUCAGAAAUUUUAGAUUUGAGAAAGAUAAUGUGAUCCAUUUAUCAUGUAUUUUCUUACAUCCUGGUGGAGUCUGGAACAUUCCACUCAUCAUCAAGCACAUGAAUAUUUCUCUAGAGAAUCACAUGACUAGUUAGAUUAAUUGAGAUCAAUAAAACUUCACCUCAGUUCAAGUCCAGUUUUGCCACUAAACAAAUUAUAGGGAAAAAUUUAGCCAUUUGAUAGUUUUUGGAGUUUUAGAAUAGCAAAACAAUUGCAUGGCGUUGUGGGCCUCGAUCUGAAAAUCCUACUUGCAAACAGAUGCAUUGCAGUGGUUCUCAACCUUCCUAAUGCCGUGAGCCUUUAAUAUGGUUCCUGUGGGUCGCAACAUUAGAGGGUAAAACUGUUAAUGUUACACAGGGAUUCCUUCUGUUGCAAAGAGACCAUCAGGCCCCUCUAAGGAGCACCUCUCUAAGUGACUGUUUUGGAGAUAAAUCCCUAGCAGGGGAGAAACCAGCAAAAGUUGUCCAGGCAACUGCAGAUCAAACAUCAAUCUGAAAUUAGGAGAAAGGUGAUCGAAAUUGUAGCAAUAGGAUGGACAUAUGUGUCUGUUUCCUGUUUUCAUUUUUUCCCUAACAUAGGAAGCGUUAUCAGCUAGAACUGGCUCAAAGCUAAGUUUCUGACCCCAUUGGGUAUAUCCCACUUUGAGAAUUGUUUUUUUAAAAAGUCAGUUGGAGACUCCAUGAAAAACUAGGCCAGGGUGGCUUGUUUGGCCACCUUCUCCAUUGCUGGAUGGGAGUGCUUGGAAAGCAGUGACCAUUGCACGGGAGGGUUCCAGCCCUUCUACUCUUUCCACUGGGCUUUCUAGAAAAAUCACCUGCUGGGGGAAGCAGGUCUUGGGUCCUCUGCACACUGGAUAGCUCCCUGACAUCUGAGGAGAAAUAGGACCCCCCGGAAGUCACUCCCCCUUUCCCUGGGCCCCAACUGCACUCAGGUGAGGGUCUUCUGCUCCUGGCCUGUCCUCCCUGCUGCCCACUCCUUAACUUUGAUGAGUGUCUCAUCCCUGUUCCAUCAUUGCCUGUGGCUGGACUGCACUUUCUGAAAACCUGGUAGUGUCUUUAUGUCUUCCUGUCCUUUCUUCUUCCUGACCCUAGCCCAGACCUUUGUGGCCUCUUUCCUAUUUGGAAGCUUCUGUGUUUCAAGGCAUCGGAUCCAGUUUGCUUUUAUCUUAAAAGCCAAAGCCUUUUGCUGUGCGAAGGCAGCAACCUCUGGGCUGGCAGCCCACUGCUCUCGAGGAAGCUGCAUCAAACAGAGCAGCCCCUAAAAUAUAUAAAAUAUAUAUAGCUUCUGCUGGGGAAAAGAACGGGUCACAGCCUUCCCUCCCACGGCCGAAAGCCCACAGCUUAUCACCCCAAGUAGCCCCCCAAGUUUUCUUGCCUCCCCCUAUGUAAUGACAGAUCUCAGGAGGGGCCUGCCUCUACUUAUUUUCCUGGAUUGGGCUGGGGCGGCUGCUGAGGGGGUGGAUAAGAGAUAGCAAUUUAUGUCACAUGUUUAGUGACACAAUCCAGAUGUGGGUGGGAUUUUCUGGAGUGGCAGGUGUCACUGUUAGUCCUGUGUGGGAUGGCUUGAUACAGGAAUUUGUGUUCUUGGAAGGCCAUCUCCCCAGUCUCUAACACAACAGCCUCAGGGAAAGCCCCUUCCUGGGAACGGAUGUGUGGAAAAAGUCACAAGCACCACCCCCCACAUACCUGUCUCCAGAGGAACCAGUCUCUGAGGGUGGCCACACAGGUGGGACCAGUUCAAAUUGUAUCCCUCUAAAUUAGAUCAUAGUGUCAGCAGUAUCCUCUUCAUUAGGUAAGGGACAGUGGUUAGUUUAUUCCAAGUAGUCUAAGCCAGCCACUCAGAUAAUUAGGUGGCCAGAGUUUGGCCACCAGCUGAAAAUCAAGGUUCUCAUGCCAGCAAGUACUGAGAUGACACCUAGCCCUCUGGUAACAAAGCUGGGCUUUGACCUCUGGUGUCCUGUAGGCUGACGGCACUGAAGUUGCAGGCCCAUAUUACAAGCGUGUGCCCUUUUGUUGGUCAGAAUUCAGUAGGAUGCUCCCUGGCUGUGGGUGUUUGAGGUCGGAAUCACGGAUGUGCAGAGAAUGUUGUUGAGUGGGAUGCUCCCAGUGCCUAAUCGUGGCACUGUAAUCAGAGUGGCCAGAGGGGUACCCUAAAGCAAGAGAGAGUUACCUUGUGGCCUGGAGAUGUUCUGGGGACAGUGGAGAGUAUUGAUCUCUGAGUCAGUUUCAUAACUGAGGAUUUAAGGCCACGAUAGCCAGGGUCCCCAUGUGAGCAGCAGGCGGCAGGUGGCUCCUGGCUUUCCUUUGCAGGAGACCGUCCCCCAGCCUGGCACACCACCAGCAUGCAGCAUGGUUCCCUCCCUCUGCUGUUCCAGACUCUGAAUCCAGCCUCAAUGGUAAGCACAGCCUUUGCUUGUGUGGCCUUACCAGGCACCCUGCAGAACUGAGGCUCCAAGAGAGUGAACUAUGUGACCCCAAGCACUCAGCUCAUAAGUGGCAGAACCAGGAAUGACCAGGUGUGGCCUCUGUGCCAAAGCAAUCAUUAUGGCCUAGAAGAAGGAGGGGACUGUUAGGGGCCAAAAGAGAGGCCCUCGCCCACUCAGAAGUAGUGGGGACAAACAAAAAACCUGGAAACAACUCUACAGCUUCAACCCUGCCCCACAAGGUUCCCUGCUACACCUGCCUAGGGAGCCCUCAAACCCACCCACCCCUUCUCAGUACCUCUUAUUGAGGAUGUAAGAGAACUGGCAUUAGGACCAACCCACCUGCUCUCCCAGCCAGGGGCUCUGGCCUCAUGCAGGAUGCCCAGGCCCCAGAAGCAGUGGGGAAGACAUGUGCAAAAAGGAAAUGCAGGAAAUAAAAAAAACCCAUAAGGUUAACUUUACCCCUGGGGAGUCAAAAGGGUCACAUCUCAAAAAGAAAAACCCUACCUAGACCUCAAACAUCAAGUCUAAGGCCAGGGUAAGGGAGGAGCUGAAGCCCCAGGACCAGGACAGAUGUCUUCCAAAGGCCUGAGCUUCCUGAAAAGGAAAGUGAAGCUGAGAUGACAGUGGCCCUUCUGCACCAUCUUGGUUCUUUAAAAUACGAAGAAACACCAAAACACAAAACUCUAAAACAUUUUCUUCAACAGGUGUGUCCUCAAGGGCUUACUUCUGUUUUGCCUGGAUCCGGCUCCCCGUGGCCCCUCCUGGGCCCCACGCAGGCUCCCAGGCCCACUCCGGGCUUUAAUUAUAUGGGCUGUGUCUAACUACAUUCGUGGUGUGGGCAAAGUCAGCUUGGAGCACAGUGUAAACUGCUUGGACUUGUGUAAUGUUAGGUGUGAGUGAGUGAAGAUGUUCACUGUUGUUAUUACUCCCUCUUGCUGGGUUUGUUUAGAAGACUUUCUCAGAGGUAUUGGAGGUGGGAGAGACCUUUUAAAGCAGCACCACCCUCUACCCCACUGCACUGAUGCUUCCUACACACUGUGACCUUGUAGAUGGUUGGAGGCCUCAGGCUGAGGGAGCAGCUGAAAGUUCUUGUUUCCCAUCUGCUGACCUCCCUGGGACAGAAGCUCGCCUAAGGCUGAAGAGCGACAGUGUUUCCUUUUUGUGUGGGCCUUAGGCAGUCCUAGCCCAGGGAUAGCUCCCUGCCUUGCUUAUUCACUCAUCAGGCACUUAGCACUAGUGUGGGCCACGUGGUCCUGUGUGUAGAUGAAGAGACCCUCACUCCCAUGGCCAUACACCCUUGCUGCCCCAGCCUCCUCGGGUGAGACUGCAAGGUGAGCAGAGGUGGGUGUGGGAGACACAUCCUCCAGGGACUGGGCUGCCCUUUCUUCCCCCAGAGAGCUCGGUCAGCUUAUUGUAAGAGAUGAAGAGGUCAGCUUGGUCAGAGUAAGUGACUGCGUUCCUUCUGGACCAGAUUGUUCUUUAAAAUAAUAAUAAAAAAGGUCAGCUUGGGGGGUCGGGUGAGAGGCUCAGAGUCCAGUCUUUUCCAUCAGUUUUCCUCCCUUUAGAUUCUUAGAGCUUCUGGGUGUUCAUAGGAUCACAGAGAUACACUGAGACAAUCAGGGACCCGCCGUAAAUCCCUGGCUAUGCAGACACAGGACAAAUCUCAACAAGAGUGACCCCCAUGUCUCCCAGAGGCCCAGGAGUGACAUAUGACUGUCAGCAUCUCUCCGACUGCCCUGUGCCUCAGUUUAACCAUCUAUAGGUUGGGAACAAAGAGGGGCCUAAGCAGCCAUCAUUGUGCCCAUUUCUGUCAGAGCCAAGGGCUUGGAGGGUCAGCCCUAUCUGGGCAAGGGGGAGGCAAGCUGUCCUCUCCUGCCCAAGCCUUAUGGAGGUUGGUGGCUCUGGACCUGAGACUUCUUGCAGCAGAAGAGAAACACUCCCUCAUUCCACUCUCCACCCUGAUGCCACUGUAGAGGGCAGGAAGGUUGACAGCAGGUCCAUAUGUGUCCUGAGUUUCUGGUACACCUUGUCUUUCUAUUUGUAUUUAGCUGGGGAACCUCAGUUCCCAACCCCUCCCCUCACUGCCUAAAUUUGCCAAACUGCCAACACCCAGGCUGGCCUUUUUACCCCCAAGUGGGCAGAAGUACACACAUACACACGCACACACACACGCACACACCCUUGACUGCUGAGGGAAGCAGGACAGGGACUCAGGAUGGGGACUUACAAGACAUGCAGAAAGGCACCCUCCUCCAGGAUGGGCACUGCCCUGUGCCUCAGACUGCCCUCAUUUCUCCUCCCAUGCCCACCCAACCCAGACGCACACACUGUUUCCUCUCUCCCCAAGGCCCCUGGCCUCUGAUCUCUUCCUCCCAGGGUCUAUGGGCUUAGCUCCUUGACCAGACCAAACCUGGCCCUGUCCGUCCCCCAAGCCCCCAGCCUGGCCUUCUGUGGGAGGUGGACCUGCCCAGAGGAGAGGGCUUUCUUUCUGGGGCUCUUUGGGGGCUGCAACCACUCUCUCUUCUGAGACCACUUCCUGCUCCUACAACACCCCCACCCCGAACCUCCCUCAACAUGAGAGCCAGUGGGGAGAGAAGAAGGGGAGGCCUGCUCAACCACUUUUCUGGUUUAGGAGAAAAGGAGGUGAGAUGAUGGCGGCUGUAGAAAGCUCCUCCCCCAUGGGCACCUUCUCUCCUGGGAACAUGUGGCUGGCCCUUUUCAUAGGCCAAGUUCCCUUCAGUUGUGUGCGGUGCCAUUGUUUUUUUUUUAAAGAACACAUACAAAUACAUAUAAAAACAAGACAACCGGUUCUGUGUGUAUCCACAGAAUUUAUAUGUGGAUGAGUGUGCCGUUGUGAUUUACAGUGUUUUGACACCGUGAUUGGCUUUGUUUGGGUCUCUCUUCUUUCUGUUAAAUGAAUUGCUGUACACUUUAUCGUUCUCAGAUGAGACUCACUCUCUGACCUCUCAAUUCUACCCAGAUCCAUGGGGAGCACACCCAGUCCAGCCAAGUGGGUAUUUCCAGCCCAUUUCAAUGACUGGAGCACCUCUUGGAAGGGGAAACUUCUAGACUUGCCCAGGCCAGCCUGCAGCUUAGCUAUUCAUGCCCUUAGGGCCACACUGGCAGACGCUGCUCAGGGGUCUCCACAGCGCCCUGUAGGCGCUGAGCAGGGUUCCAAUUUCUCUAGCCUUCUGCCAGCUUUAAAAUCUUUAACUCAAGCAGCAUCAUUGUACAUGCAAUGAAAAAUAGCAUGUAUGACAAUAAAAACCUACGUAGCUCCAUGUACAUAUUUAUACAUACUCACAUGUUCCUAUUAUAAAUAUAUAAAGCAUGGCAUCUCUUUGGCAUUCCAACUUUGUGUUUUUAAAAAAUCCUUGAAAAUAUGGCUUUGGAAACCUUUUUCUUCCUUUCCCUCUUUUCUAUGUAAUAAACAUUCAUGUGA